GGAUGAACCUUCGGGAUGCAGAAACAGGGAAAAUCCUCUGGCAAGGAACAGAAGAUCUGUCUGUACCUGGAGUGGAGCAUGAAGCUCGAGUUCCUAAAAAAAUCCUGAAAUGCAAAGCAGUGUCUCGGGAGUUAAACUUUUCCUCAGCAGAACAAAUGGAAAAAUUCCGACUGGAACAGAAAGUUUAUUUCAAAGGGCAGUGUCUAGAAGAAUGGUUCUUUGAAUUCGGUUUUGUGAUUCCUAACUCCACAAACACUUGGCAGUCCUUGAUAGAGGCAGCACCUGAAUCACAGAUGAUGCCAGCUAACGUUUUAACUGGUAAUGUUAUUAUAGAAACCAAAUUCUAUGAUGACGACCUUCUCGUAAGCACUUCCAGAGUGAGACUUUUCUACGUUUGAGAUGGGGCUUUUUGGAGCUGUUUUAGUUUUCCUCCAUACAGUUCUUGCUGCAGAACCCCCCGACUAUCCAGUGGAAGACACUCCUGUAGGCUGUGACCCUGGGGACCAGCUCUACGUGGGUUGUGACCUUUGCCCAUCAGUUAUUUUGCUUUCUCCUCUGACAAGACCAGACCAAACCCUCAGAGACAGGACCAUCUGCUCAGCGAUGCACUGAGGAAUAGAGGCUGUCUCUGAACACGGGCAAACGAUGGUCAUGCAGAACCAAUGCUGUAAAUUAUGUUAGUCUCAUCCUUUCUACUUCUCUGGAUCCUGGUAUAAUCUCCCAUUUCCACUCACACCAAACUCUCAAUGCGUUUCAUUUUUGGGGGAUUAAGUUAACCUUUUCAUUUUUCUCAUGUUGUAGGUUUUUAUCCUUUCACUGGAUUUCUGUGUAACUGGUCCACACAUCCUCUUACCCUGAACUUGUAAAAUAGACUGUGAUAUCACCUAAUGUAAUUAAAACAAAUUUCUCAAUUAAAACAUUCCUACCGUCCAAAGAAGGGAAGAAA